AAUUUAAAGUUUGCAUUGGUGCAAUGAUUAUGUUUAUGCGUGCUCUAAACUGAUUAAAGAAAAACUUGUUUUGCCUCAGGGAAAUCUGUAAGUACUUUGCAUUGCUGCAGCGGGCAGCCACGGGGCGGGAUAAAAAACUUAAAAUGCGCGAGAAGGAAAAAAAACUCCUUUGACGUCAGCGACGUUAGAUUUCAGUAGUCCAAGAUGGCGGCGGUGAACGGAGUGAGGAACAGAGGAAACCUCGAGUCCAACUGCAAACGCAGAGUCGCUGAGGAAGGUUACAGGGCUGUGGAAGAUGUCUCCAAUUGUCGACGCAAGCCUCCUUUAGCUACACCUGAAAAUGAUGAUGACGUGUUGCCCAUAAUGACAGUCAAAAAUAUGAGCCUCACACCCUCACCAGAGGAAGAGUUUCAGAAAAAAGAGGCUGUGGUAGACGAAAAAAAGGCCAGGCCUGUCCAGAUUGUCCAGGCAAACAAGGAUGACCACACCUUUGAGCUGAAUGAGAGUGCACUGGAGAAGAUCCUGCUGCAGGAUCACGUGAAGGACCUGAAUGUGGUGGUUGUUUCUGUGGCUGGAGCCUUUCGGAAGGGAAAGUCCUUCCUGCUGGACUUCAUGCUGCGCUACAUGCGCAACUCGGAUAAAGACUCAUGGAUGGGAGACAAUGAUGAUCCCCUGACUGGGUUCACCUGGAGAGGAGGCUGUGAGAGGGAGACCACAGGAAUUCAGGUCUGGAGUGAAGUCUUUGUGGUCGACAAGCCUGAUGGCAGCAAGGUUGCUGUGCUCCUCGUUGACACUCAGGGAGCUUUUGACAGUCAGUCAACCAUAAAGGACAGUGCUACAGUGUUUGCCCUCAGCACAAUGACCAGCUCUAUACAGGUGUACAAUCUCUCCUCAAACAUUCAGGAGGAUGACCUGCAGCACCUGCAGCUCUUCACAGAAUACGGCCGGCUUGCUUUGGAAGAGGUCUCAAAGAAACCCUUCCAGUCUCUGAUGUUCCUCAUUCGAGAUUGGUGUUUUCCUUAUGAAUACUGUUAUGGAUUGAAAGGGGGCAACGAAUUUCUGGAUAAAAGACUGCAGGUUAAACAUAAUCAGCAUGAAGAGUUGCAGAACGUGAGAAACCACAUCCAGCACUGUUUCUCCAACAUCAACUGCUUCCUGUUGCCACAUCCUGGCCUGAAGGUGGCCACUAACCCAAAAUUUGAUGGCAGGCUGAGAGACAUCAACGAGGAUUUCAAAACAGAGUUGGCCAGGCUGGUGCCACUUCUUCUGGCCCCAAAUCAACUGGUAGAGAAAGAGAUCGGCGGCAACAAAGUCACCUGCAGAGAUCUUCUGGAGUACUUCAAGUCUUACAUAAAGAUCUACCAAGGAGAGGAGCUGCCUCACCCAAAGACCAUGCUGCAGGCGACAGCAGAAGCCAACAACUUGACGGCUGUGGCAGGAGCCAAAGCCAUGUACAGCAAGAAAAUGGAGCAGAUCUGCGGUGGGGACAAGCCCUACAUCGCCCCGGCUGACCUGAAGCGCUGUCAUGAGGAGAUCCGCAAUUGCUCCGUGUCUUACUUCCGCUCUGUGAAGAAAAUGGGCGGCAAGGAGUUUUGCCAGCACUACCAAAACCAGCUGGAGUCAGAGCUUGAGGAAGCCUACACCAACUUCUCCAAACAGAACGACGGCAAAAACAUCUUCUAUGCAGCGCGCACCCCUGCCACGCUUUUCGUCGUCAUGUUCACCACCUACGUGGUAUCUGGGGUGACUGGUUUCAUCGGCCUGAGCGCCUUAGCGGCACUGGCUAACCUGGUCAUGGGUGUGGCGUUGCUGUCGCUCUGCACCUGGGGUUACGUGAAGUACUCGGGAGAGUUUCGGGAAGUGGGAACGAUGAUAGAUGAGGUGGCAGAGGCACUCUGGGUACAGGUGAUUACCAAACUUUUGGAGCCCGUCAGGAGCCGCCUGGCGUGGCCCAUCUCUCUACUCCCCUCCCUCCCAUCAGUGACACUGGAACUUGGAGCUCUGUCACCUCUCAACAGCAAUAGCUACAAGAAGACUAAGUAGCUGCUUUUCAGCCGAUGGAUUUACAGACUGUUAGACUUACUUCUCAUAUUGAAACCUCUGCAGUUUGCUGGCCCCUUUAUUUGUAAUGUUCAGUCUAAUGAUGCUGGAUUCCUGUACUGGGUGCGGAUACGGAACCCGUGUCGGGAUCUCUGGGACAUGGAGCCCGCAUAAACGGUUUAUAAUAAUCUUAUUCUGAUGUGGAUGGAAACAAAGCUUUUCUUUUUCCUUGGUUGUGUUUUGUUGUAAAUCCUGUGUUUAAGAGUUCAUUUGUGUUCCUGUGGUCAGCACUUUGAAUAAUUUUUUUUGUUCCUUUAAAUGUUUUUCUUCUCUAACCUGCUUUCUUUCAGUUUCUCUGUCUCCAUUAUUGACUAUUUGUAACAGAUUAUCAAUUCUCACACUUAUCCCCCCCCCCCCCCUCUCUCCCGCAGGUUCUGAAGCCACUAAGUGAACAUUACAUGGGGGACAACAUGAGGCAGACAGUGGUGAACUCUAUCAGAGCCAGCUUGACAGAACAGGGCUCACAACAAACGAGGUUAAAGACUCACUGACAUUUUCCUCCUCAUCUCCACCCAUCAUCUUCAUCAUCCUCCUGCCCACUCAAUCAUGUUCAGUCCUAGAAAUGUGGAAAUAGUUCAACACCAAAGCUCCCCUCCCCCCAUAUCACAUAGCUGCCCCCUCUUUAUUUGCCUGCCAUGGACCUGUAGGCUUUCUGCUCUGCUUUUCAUCGCCCCCCAGUGCCUCAGAUCAGAUACUGCACAUUGAUGAGGGGGCCAAGCCGAGCCUCUUGCCAAAACAACACCUAAAGGAUCUUCUCCGGUGUGCCAUACUGCGUUGUGAUGCAUACUGAAGGCUGACAUACACACAUACAGAUUCACACUGAUGCUGGUAGUGGAAUGCACUCGUAUCAGGAUUGAGCUGUAAUUCAGGGAAAACUGACACAGCUGUGGGCAGCUGUUCUCGACAUUGGAUACCAAGUGAAUUCACUUCAUCUUACAGGCCAGCUCAGUUUACUUCCUCUUCAGUCUGGUGAAAAUAUUUCCUGCAAGCACAGGUGACUAAUCGACUCAAAAAACUCGAAGUGAUGGUCCAAUUUCUCUUGAUUCUACUGACACAUGGGAGUAAAUUAAAAUCCAAGCUGGAGAAGCAACUUAAACAAAUUUAUCUACAACUCUGAACUGAAAAUUUGACUGUUGGAGAUUAAUCAAAGCUGUAAUUUUUUUUCUUCUGUGGGCCUCCUUUAUUAGUUUCCCACACUACAUUUGGAAGCCAUGUUAACCAGGUAACAUUUGCAUAAUCCACAUUUGGGCUCCCAUCUCUGUGCUUUAUUUAUAUAUCAUGAUUAUUGUAAUAGAGUUGCAGGAAGGCUCAGUCCUCCUUUUUUUGUGUGUGUGUGUGUUAUAUCUGGCCUUCUUCUAGCAGACGUGCCAGCAUUUGGCCCUCUGCAUGCUGUUAAGAGCGGCCGUGUUGUAUCAUGAGGAGCUUUUAGAGCUCGGCUAUAGUGAGGUAGAUCAGUUUGAACCUCCACUGAAGCCACACUAGUGCUGAUUGUUUGCAGUUUUAAGACCUGCAGGCUAAGUUUGAUUGUUGCUCUGGGAGCUCCAGCUCAGGCGUUUUGUACAUUAUUCACGGUUGAAUAAUUGUUCUUUUUUUUUUUUCCCUCUCUCUCUCUUUCAAACCCCCUUUAAAGGACUGAGUUUGAGGAGCUGUUUAUUCACUUUCUUACUGAAAAUCAGAUGAGAAGAUGCACAUAAAGCAACACUCAGAUGCUGCUUAGUUUAGCACAAGGACAGGAUUCAGGUGAAACCAGCACCGAUGAGGCUCUUUGGACAGAGCCAGGCUUGCUGGUUUCCCUCUUUUAGUGUUUAAGCUACACUGAUCAGCUUUUAUAUUAACUGACAGACACAUGAGUGCUAUUGGCCUCGUCUUCUCAUCUCACUCCCAAAAUCCCUUUACAUAAAACUUUUGCUGAGGCUGCUGUCAGAGCUGGAGCUUCCAGAAUCUGCUAAAUAAAAUGCAGUUGACUGUGAACUGAAUAAAUCUGCCCUGUUGGUUUAUCUUGUCACACUAACAGCUGCAUCACAUCUUUUUGAGCUUUUUUUUUUUUUUUUUUUUUUUUACAUCAAUUCCAUCCACUUUUCACCUCAAGCGCCAGUCUCGUACUGUACAGUCUUUUUCUGUGUUCAAACUAUAAAUUGGGCAUAUAUGUUGGAUUAAAUAUUUAAAUAAACUUUGUGUACAUUUUAUAGCGAAUCGGUUAAAAAUGGUUGUUUUUGUUUUCCUCUCUUGCUGAUUAACUUACCAGUCUGUGGUUUGUUAAAGAAUGAUGAGUUGCUGCUGUAGGUUUAGUCUCUGCUCCUCUUGAAAAUUGAUGUUAACAGAAACACAUCACUAGAUCUGACAGGAAAAGCUUUUGACUGUGACGAGUGGGUAGAAGAUGUCUGCCUGCCUUUUAAAGAAAUGUCUGGUAAUUUAUUUUUGAAUGUUUA